AUGGACAACUCUCGACCUUCUUCACCGGAAGCGCCCCCUGAAAACCUCUGGGACUCGAUCCUCAACUCGGUCUCCACGUCGCGCUCGAUACCUGCAAAGCAGAUCAUCCUCCUUGGCCAACCUUCAACUGGCAAAUCUACGAUUGCGUCUGCUUUGUUGCAGAAAAACGUUUCGGAUGAGAAUAAAGACGAUGGGCGAAUAGAUUUUGCUGUUGGGUAUGAAUUUGCGGAUGUCAAGGACGAGGAAGAUACCCUUGCGAGGCUAUCGGUGUAUACAGUGCCCUCGUCAUCACACUCGUACACGAACUUGUUGCCACACUUUGUUCCUCCCAGGACUGCUCUUCCGCACACCUGUGUCGUGAUCGUGCUGGACUGGACGCGACCGUGGACGUUUAUCGAGGAGUUGCAAUCUUGGUUGCAAUGGGUGGAAGAUUGGGCCAAAGGAGAUGGGUCUAGAGAAGUAGAGAUUGUGCGAGAGGAAAACCGUGAACGACUUCAAUCACAUCUUCAGCAUUAUACUGAGCCAUCUAGUGAUCCUCAGGAAACCUCUACGUCUACUCUGUCAAGUACCCUAUUGCCAUUAGGACCUGGCACUCUUACACAUAAUGCGUCGGGUGUUCCGAUUAUCGUUGUCUGCAGCAAGGCAGAUCUCAUCGACGACGGUCCUGAGAUCGCUGCAGGCGCCAUGGUAAAAGGAAAGGGCGGAGAAUGGGAAGAGCGGACUGACGGUAUCAUGCAAGUUCUCCGGACCAUUUGUUUGAAGUAUGGUGCUGGCCUGCUAUACACGACGCCCCUUCCUGAAACGCUUCAAAUCCUUCGGCAAUACGCGCUUCAUUUGCUUUUCAUGCCACCUGCCCCAUCACCAGGAAUGGAGGCCCAGGUUCCUAUGAAAAACAUCUUCCCUUUCCAGCAUAAGCCUAAUACCCUCGAUCGGGACCACAUUCUCGUACCCGCAGGCUGGGAUAGCUGGGGUAAGAUUGGGGUCCUUAGGGAAGGAUUUGAUGCCAAACUAUGGAAUGAAGCCUGGGAGAGGGAUCUCGAAGGAGAUCAGCAAAGCACGACAGAACCGGGUGCCCAAAAGCUAUACGCGGCCUUUGUACCAGAUCAGGGCUCCAAGCCUCCCCCUCUUCCUCCCUUCAACAACCCAGUGCCCGAACAGACUUUUCUCGCCAAACACUACGACGAGAAUGCGAAGAAGUCGGACAGGGAUCCCCGCGGUGCCUUCAGGAAUCCUGCGGAUGCUGCAGCGGGUAUCGUCGGCCCUCUUGGCAGCAGCAGCUUCAGUCUGCCAAACGUGGAGCGUGCGCUGUCAGAGAUGGAGUCUGCGAUUGGCCCUUCAGGUACCAACUUAGGAGCGAGCACUGCAGGCCGACUGGGCUCGCGUCCUGCAGCGGCUGCGGGACGGCCUGCUGGUCUCUCUGGGUUACCGCCAUCGAUGUCCCCCACCAGUGCUUCGACUCGCGGACCCGGAUCUCCUCCAAUCGGCUCUACGAGCCCUAAUGCAGGCCAGACCCAGCAUGAGGUUCUGCAGAACUUCUUCCAGAGUUUACUGAACACCAAGGAUCGGACCGGACCCAGUGUACGGAGCGCAACGCCAAGAACAAACGGAAACGCCAACGGUUUGGACGAAGACAAUUCAUAA